UCCGCUGCUUUCGACACAGUCAACCACCAGACACUAAUAUCAAAGCUGUCUGAGAUGGGCAUCUCUGGAACUGCCCUCUCCUGGUUCAAGUCCUACCUGACUGGUAGAUCCUCCCAGGUCAACGAAAGAAUCUCUGCAUGCCUGGCUGACAUCUCCAAAUGGAUGUCAUCCCACCAUCUCAAGCUGAACCUCAAAAAAUCAGAACUGCUCUUCAUCCCAGCUGGCCCUUCCCCCCUGCAUGACCUCUCCAUCACCGUUGAUGGCACCACAAUACCAUCCUCUCAGUCAGCAAAGAGCUUGGGCAUCAUCCUCAACAGCAACCUGGACUUCAAGGAGUACAUUGCUCGCACGUCACGGGCCUGCCGAUUCCUCCUCCACAAAAUCAGGAGGAUUCAUCCGUUCCUGACAACAUACACAAUGCAGCUCCUUAUCCAGGCCACAGUUCUCCCUCGACUGGACUACUGCAACGCUCUCCUCGCAGGCCUCCCAGCCUGUACCACCCAGCCUCUCCAGCUCAUCCAGAAUGCAGCUGCCCAACUAAUCUUCAACCUCCCCAAAUUCUCCCAUGUUACUCCCCUGCUGAAAUCCCUCCACUGGCUUCCUGUUGCUGCCAGGAUCAGAUUCAAGACCCUGACCCUCGCCUUCUCUGCAAUCAACAGGACAGCCCCUGCCUACCUCCAAAAACUCAUCCAGCCCUACACACCAGCCCAACCCCUGCGCUCAGCAGCAACUGGACUCCUCGCUCCUUGCAUGGUCAAGGCAGGAGGUGCUCGUUCUGCCAGACAUCGGCGUUUCACCUACAUCAUUCCCCAGUGGUGGAACAAACUCCCUGUCUCGCUACGGACAGCUCCUUCACCCCAUUCCUUCAGACGGGGCCUGAAGACGCACCUCUUCAGACUCGUUACUGUUACCUACUUGGGGAAACAGGUGGGUCAGGGCGAGGUGCGCCCUGUGGAGGCCAAAGUCAAGGGCAUUGUAAAUUUCCCGGUGCCUACUUCUCGACGGGAGUUACGGCGUUUCCUCGGCAUGGCUGGGUAUUACCGCGCCUUCUGUCAAAAAUUCUCCACGAUUGUCUUGCCGCUCACUGACCUGCUCCCCCUGCCCUGCUCCCCGCCCAGUUCUCCGCACAUCUGA